CCGGAGUGCUCGCUCUGCGCAUGCGCACCGAUUAAUCCUGCUCAGCUCCAUCAUGGCGGCGAGGGGCCAUGUGCAAGAUCCAAACGACAGGAGACUGCGACCCAUUUACGAUUACCUGGACAAUGGCAAUAACAAGAUGGCAAUCCAGCAGGCUGACAAACUGCUCAAGAAGCACAAAGAUCUUCACUGCGCAAAGGUCUUGAAGGCGAUCGGUCUGCAGCGCACAGGAAAACAGGAUGAAGCCUUCACGCUGGCGCAGGAAGUGGCCGUUCUUGAACCCACAGACGACAACUCUCUGCAGGCACUGACCAUCCUCUACAGAGAAAUGCACCGGCCCGAGUUAGUGACCAAGCUUUAUGAAGCUGCAGUCCGAAAAGUUCCAACGAGCGAAGAGUACCACUCUCACCUCUUCAUGGCCUACGCCCGAGUCGGAGAGUACAAGAAAAUGCAACAGGCUGGAAUGGCGCUGUAUAAAAUUGUCCCCAAAAACCCCUAUUACUUCUGGUCGGUUAUGAGCUUGGUGAUGCAGGCCAUCUCAGCACAAGACGAGAAGCUCUCUCAGACCAUGUUCCUGCCACUGGCUGAGCGUAUGGUGGAAAAAAUGGUAAAGGAGGAGAAAAUCGAGGCAGAAGCCGAGGUCCAGCUGUACUUCAUGAUCUUGGAGCGUUUGGGGAAAUAUGUGGAGGCGCUGGAGGUGGUUCAGGGGCCACUUGGAGAGAAGCUGACCAGUGAACUGCAGAGCCGUGAGAACAAAUGCAUGAUGCUGUACCGUCGUCUGGAGCGCUGGCCCGAGUGCAACGCACUGUCCUGCAAGCUCCUCCUGAAAAACCCUGACGACUGGCAGUUCUACUUACUGUAUUUCGACUCUUUGUUCCACUUAAUUGAUCAGAGCUGGACGCCGCCGCAGGAAGGUGCUCAUUCUGCAGAAGGGGAGGUGCGCGCCUCUGUAUCCCAGGCCAUCAGCUUCAUGGAGGACCGAAUAGCCACAGAAGAAGCGAAGGAGUCCAAGCAUCUGAGAGGGCCGUACCUGGCCCGUCUAGAGCUCAUCAGACGGCUCAGAGAGCGCAGCUGUCCUGAAGCACAGCAGCUAGGUGAACCUCUUGAGCUCAUGUUCCAGUUCUUUGUGAAGUUUGGAGACAAGCCAUGUUGCAUUACAGACCUGAAAAUCUUUCUGGAUCUUCUCGCACCUGACCAACAUGUGCAGUUCAUCAACAGGCUAAUGGAGGUUGUGCCGCUGGGCGCUCCAGGAGAGGAUGGCGUUGCUCUUCCAGGAGACACGCGGGCUCUGCAGAGACACAUGUGUGUGACUCAGCUGAGCCGCAGUCUGGGUCAACAGCAUGCGCUCAACACCGAGGGCAAACUAGGCCUUAUCAAAGAACUAAAAGCGCAUUACCGGCACGGCUUACAGUUCGGGAAGUCCUGUUUAAAAACAGAGCUGCAGUUCUCAGAUAUGUAUUGUCUCAUGGCGGCUCAUGUCUAUAUAGACCUGUGGAUAGAGACGGGCGAUCAGAACGUGUUGUGGCAGUGUUUGGGACUGUUAGAGGAAGGUCUGUCCCACAGUUCCUCCAACGCUCAAUUCAAACUGCUGCUUUUGCUUCUGUACUGCCGUCUGGGGGCUUUUGAGCCUGUGGUGGAUCUUUACUCCAGCCUGGACGCCAAACACGUCCAGCAUGACACCAUAGGGUAUUUAUUGACCCGCUAUGCAGAGUCUUUGGGCCAGUUUGCUGCUGCUUCCCAAUCUUGUAACUUCUCCCUCAGGUUUUUUCACUCAAACCAGAAAGAUACCUCAGAAUACAUUAUUCAAGCAUAUAAGUACGGUGCUUUUGAGAAAAUCCCAGAGUUCAUCGCCUUCAGGAACCGUCUCAAUCACUCGCUGCACUUUGCCCAAGUGCGCACGGAGAGGAUGCUGCUGGACCUCUUCCUGGAAGCCGACAUAUCAUCUCCUCUAGAGGAGAGCGUAAAAUCAAUGUCUCUGUGUCCGGAAGAGGACGACAUCCCGUGGGACAGCUUAAGGGACAACCGCGACCUGACUGUCCUCGUCAGCUGGAACCCUAAGGACCGGCAGCUGAACGAGGAACACAAGCAGCGCUCUCUAGAGGACGAGACCCUGUGGCUGAGGUUGCGGUCGCUCACGCUGCGUCUGAUUGGCUGCGUCUCUGCGCUGACUCACCCUCCAACAACGCGUAAUUCUGAGAAAACGACUGAAAACGGAGUGGCGACCAAACCGUCUUCUCUACAGUCGCUACUCUCACAGCUAGAAAACACGCUAAACCAGGCCACCCAGUUCACGGAAAAACAGCUGCAGCAUCAAUACCCAUUUCUGGGUCCUGUGUCGUCUCGUCUGGCUCAGGCUCUGUCCAGCGGUUGCUGUCAGUGUCAGCUCUCCUCCCUACAGCUCCCUCUACACCUCCAGGAGCUCGAGACCGCUGGCCUGGAUGAAUCAACAGAGCUUCAAACACAAAUAUCUAAUCUUUUCAAGUCUUUAGCAGUACAACUUCAAGACAUGUUGGAAAAAUGUAAAGGUGACCUAAUAGAAGCUAAAGACGGUCAAAACAAGACGCACCACUUUUUACUGGAGAAUCUAGUCUACUUUGUAGAAAGCGUUUGUAUCGUCCUAUGGGUGUCUAAUUACUGCGGAAGCGUCCUCCGGCCCUUAAAGUCCAGUUUACAGAAGAAGAAGAAAAAGAAAAAAGAAGCCAGCACUGUAACGCCGCCGGUGCUCUCGGCCUAUCAGGAGUUCAGCGGCAGCUUGCAGAGUCUCCUCAACCAGGCGCUGGAGCACAUCAAGAGCCAGGAGAUCAGCCUGACGGCGCUGAAGCUGGGAGAACUCAAUCUGGAGGGACAAACCCAGUCUGAGGCGGAAGGGACCUUCACGAAGACGGCCAUGGAUAAGGUGCAGAGCAGCUACCUGCGUUCGCUGCAGGAGAUCGGGGAACUGUUGAAGAAAAGAGCGGACACGUUAAAAUCCCUCAAAAUCUGAGCGCUCCAUCGAUCCGGUCCCCGACCCGCACGGCUCCACGCGACGGCGUUCCUCGGUCCCUAACGCAUCCUCCCGUCUCAGUCUGUGAACUCAGCUGGUCUCGUCUCCUCUUCCUAUUUAUCCGUCUCAUUACUCACGUACAGACACAGGCACACUGUAAAGUUCAACGACGGCUUCAGCACAAACAUCUACGUGCUCACGGCACUUUUAAGUGGAAAGUAAACUUCAUAUCCCUAGCAAAACUACAUAGGCAAAUGAAAAUAAGCAAUUUUAGAAGUACUGCUAUAAAUUAUUGUACAUAGUUUGAAGAUAAAAGAAUAUCAACGAGAACUCCUUGGCGAAUUAAAGUGAACUGCUUUGUCCUUUUGUCGA